CACUGAUGCUGCGUCCAUGUUUUGCUGAGGCUGAGAGAGCCCGGUGUGCUGCACCGGGAUGACGCACCGCUCUCCCGUUAUCCUUAUGGUUAUAGGAGUUUUUGCAUUAACUGCUGGACACAUACAUUGCUGCUGUAACGCUGACCGUUUUACGUCGGUGUGAAUGAAAUCAGCGUGCUGAGGGAGGACUGUGAGAAGGGGAGCAGCCCCCCCGGAUUCACUGAGGAGAAUGCCAUCUCUGUCGGAGCAGCUGCAGGAGGUGCGGAGUCGAGCUGAAGUGUGUCUGUACUCUGGUGGCAGGGUGGUGGAGGUGCGGGCCGGGGUGAUGGCUAUGGCUAAUCUGCCUUUACCGCCCUGCUCCAAAUACCACCACAUCACUGCAGAGACCAUGGUCAUAGAAAACAGCUUUGGAGGCAACAGGAAGGAGACCCUUGCAUCUCUCCAACGAUUGUCUACAGCACUGAACAUCCUGGAAAAGUAUGGCUGUAACUUGACAAAUCCCAACAGGCCAAAGUACUGGAGGACCGUGAAACACAACAAUCCAGUGUUCAGGGCCACUGUUGAUGCUAUUCAGGGAGGACGAGCAGUGCUCUGUCUCUAUGGUUACUCCAAUCAGCAGCCAGAUGGGCUCAGUUUCCCUGAUGAUGUCAUGGAUCCUGAUGUGGGCCGAGUAGCAGCAGUAACGCUGGAAGUGAUGAGUCUGAGAAUGGAACUAGAAAUGCUCAUUAAGGAGGCUCAUCCCCACUCUGAGUUCUAUGAGAGAAUCAUUCCUACUCUGAGACACAAGGAUGUAGGUCUCAACACCGACACUGUGGUCUACCACUCCUCUUCCAGUUCGUGUCAUUCAGACGGUCAGACCAAGUCUUUAGCUUUCCCCCUCCACCAUCGCCCCUCCAGGGAGAGCAGCCAUGCUCACUCCCUGUUCGCCCACCACCAAAGUCUCAGGUCCAUUCAGGUCUUUUCCACCUCCUCAAACAAACACCCAGAGAACUGCACUAUCUGUGAAAUAUUCCGAAUCUCUGCCCACUGCCUCACCUGCCUGCAGGGGCUCUGCUCAGAAUGUGACAGACUGUACCACUCCUACCCUGAGAGGGCCAACCACCGCCGCACAGCUGUCACAUCAUCAUCAUCAUCAUCGUCGUCAUCAUCUCAAAACAGGAACAGUAACAGUUCUUCCACCUGGCGUUGCCUUCACUGCACUAAAGUCAACUCUGUCCAGGAUGUGGUCUGUGAGGAGUGUGAGCGCCCCCGCAUGGAAUCAAUCAGCUCUAAAGCAGAUGAAUCUCAGCCAGCAACCAUCUCUGAGUGGCAGUGUAAGAGCUGUACUGUGGUGAAUUCAGCCAGCAGUAUUCUGUGCGAGGUGUGCGAGAGACCUCGUUUGGCCACGCGACCUCCAGUGACCCCGUCACACCCACCCAUGAACCCCCCCCGACCACCAGCUCCAGUGCUGGGCAUGCCCGGUGACCCUGACAGCCAGUGGGUGUGUCAAUUCUGCACCUAUCUGAACUACUCUCCUGCUACAGUGUGUGAGAUGUGUGACCUGGCUCGCCCAGAGCCUGCACCCCUACCUGCGAAGCUUCGCCCUCCCUCGCCCGUCAGACGUGUACCUGCCCUGCCAAUCAAAUCCAAAGAGCCCCCCUCUGAAGACCUGGACUCCUGUAGGCAGAGACUGAUGAAGGAGGAGGGGCUGAAGCUGAUUCAGCUGAUUAGAGAUGGGGAGAAGAAAGGGGUGAGUCCAGAAGAGGUGUACACAAGUAUGAGGGUAGCUGGGGACAGCAACAUCCUGCCCUGCAAGUGGUUAAAGACAGAGCUUCCGCUGCUGUUAGACCAGAUCAGGAUACAGGUGGCGACAUCCUCCGUUCAGUCUGUUUCUGACAAGACUUCAACAGAGCACACAAACAGGUCAUGUGAAGCUCCUGCUGAGGAUGCUGGGACAGAAAGUGUGGUCCAGUUGUCCAGAGCAGAGGCCAAGCAAGCGUGGCUGACAACAGGGGGUGACACCGAGAGAGCUGCCAGACAAGCUCUGAUAGACAGACUCGCCAAGGUGAAGAAGCUGCAUGUGCUGGGCUUCAGCGAUGAGGCUCGCUGUCAUGAGGUUUUGAGGCAGAGUGGUGGUGAGGUGAGAGGGGGCCUGACCUUGCUGCAGCGACCCCUUCUAGAAGCCUUCCACAAGCGCAUUUGGAGUGACAAGCCCGAGCCUCCUGUAGACAUCCAUCACCCUGACAAACAGCGCAUAUGUCGGAGGUUACUAGCGGUGUACGAUCUUCCUAGCUGGGGUCGCUGUGAGCUGGCACUGUCGCUGCUUCUGGAGCACAGUGCCCCCUACUCACUGGAAGAUGUAGUGCAGGCUGUACGGGAGUCCCACGACAGGGAGUUUAUCAAGAGAGUGCUGGCUAAAGAAUGUCCCAUCUGCCUCUCUGUCUUCCCCCACAGCAAGAUGCAGUCUCUGACGUCGUGCCAGUGUUCAGUGUGCUGUGGUUGUUUUCAGCAGCACUUCACCAUCGCUGUAAGGGACAAACACAUCAGAGACAUGGUGUGUCCAGUCUGCUGGGAGCCUGACAUCAACGACCCUGAGCACCUCAACAGCUACUUCUCCACCCUGGACAUCCAGCUGCGAGAAUGUCUGGAGUCAGAAGUCUACGAGCUGUUCCAUAAGAAGCUGACAGAGCAGGCUCUAAUCAAGGACCCUAAGUUCCUCUGGUGCUGUCAUUGUUCAUAUGGGUUUAUCUAUGAUGGAGACCAGCUGAAAGUCACCUGUUUUCAGUGUCGCAACAGUUUCUGUGCUCAGUGUAAAAAGCCUUGGGAGUCUCAGCAUGCAGGUCUGUCCUGUGAACAGUACCAGUCGUGGAAGAGAGAGAAUGACCCAGAGUAUCAGAGACAGGGCCUAGCUGGAUACCUCAGAGACAACGGCAUCACCUGUCCCAACUGUCGCUUCCAGUACGCGCUGUCUAAAGGAGGCUGCAUGCAUUUCUGCUGCUCACAGUGUCGGUACCAGUUCUGCAGUGGCUGCAACAACCCUUUCCACACUACCUGUGCAGUGGACGAGUGCAGCGUGUCUGGAUUACAUGCCCAUCAUCCCAGAGACUGCCUCUUCUAUCUGAGAGACUGGGAACCCUCCAGGCUGCAGGCUUUACUGCAGAAUAAUGGAGUGGCCUAUAACACUGAACCCCCUCCUGGAACACAGACAGGUCUGUGUGGAGUGAUAGAGCAGAAGGAUGAGGGAGGGCAGCAGCCAGAUUCAGCCUGUGGAGCUCAGACCCAACCUGGACAUGCUGGACUCUGCGAGAAGCAUUACCGGGAGUACCUGGUCAGCCUGAUCAACAGCCACUCCAUCGACCCCGCCCCCCUCUAUAGCUCCAAUGAGCUGCUGCUGGCCUGCAGGAGGUACAAGGUGGACGAUGCCCGCAGGGAUGGAGAGGACAGCUUCACCUACUACAGCAGGCUGCUCGAGAAACUGAUGGAUGAAGUACCGCUUGGCGACAAGGUGCCACGCAAGAAAUGAAAUGAAAUGCCUCGCUUCCCGUUUCCUGCAGCUGCCAUCAUGUCGACCUUUAAACUCAAAACUCAGCCAGAAAGGACAAAAUGGCAGUAAUUUCCUUUAGGUUUUGACUCUGUGAAUGUUAACUCUUGUACCUAUGAUGGUGUAAAUACAGGAGAGAGUCACCUCUGAAGUUCUGCCUCAUAUCUGCUGACAGCAGCUCUGACAAGAUAUUCAAAUUCACAAAAGGUAAACUAAUAAAAAUAAAUAAAUAAAUAAAUAAAAAAUAAUAAUAAUAAUAAUACAUUGAAUUAAAGGAAUAUUCCUCCUUGCUGCUACCUUUUUCCCCAAAUGAAUGACUCAACCUCAGUUGUUCAAUGGUAAAUGGACUUUACUUAUUGUCUUUCGACCACUCAAUGCGCUGUACACUACAUGCCACACUCACCCCAUUCACACACAUUCAUACACUGAUGGCAGUGGCUGCCAUGCAAGGCGCUAACUGCUCACCAGAACGGAAACUAAUCAUUCAUACACACUCAUACACUGAUGCACAGCAAUUUGGGGUUCAGUAUCUUGCUCAAGGACACUUUGACAUGCAGCGAGUGAAGUUCGGAGGGGUUCAAACUGCCAACCUUCCGAUUAGUGGAUGACCCACUCUACCUCUGAGCCACAGCCGCCCAAUCUAAAUCCACACCAUACAGUCACUAAGCUACAGUAACAUUUUCCCUCUGUGCAGUGUUUUUGUGUGGCAUGAUUUAAAUGCAGAAAAUUAAUAUGAGGUUUAAAUAUUAUUGGUUUCAGCAGGGACGUUCAAUAUAAAUUCAGUUUAAAACCACAGCUAGCCCUUUUAUCCUUCCUUUUGUGGUUCCUGUGGUGUUUUCAGUAUAGCCUGGCUCUCUUUGGGUUACCUGUCUCCACUGAGUCUAACAACUGCCUCCAGUUUACUGAUCCAGCUAUGAGCACAGUGGCACAUCACAUGGAACAUCAGCAGAAUCGGGCAUAUUAUUUAUUAUGAAAUAGGAUGGAAAUACAUGCAGUUUCUGACAAUACAACAGUUAACAGAAUUAUGGUCAAUUUAGCCAUACUGCAGUUAUAUCCUAAUUUAGUUAAUACUGCACUUUUGGCCCUGUCGGAAUCCCGUAGACAUAGACAGUGAUCUCAUCUGAUUGGUCAGUAGUCCGGUUGUCGGCAGGUUUUGAUCUCUCUGGAGCAGUUCGGCGGGCAGCAGUUGUUACCAUGGUGAUCCAUCCCGGUUAAAAGUGAUCCAGAUUUAAGCCCAAAGAUAGCUGGCUAGCACACUGAGAUCACUGUCAUACUGUGAAAUGUUUACUGCACAUUUGUCAUUGUUUUUGCUUUAUUUGCGUAAUGGCGUGUAAAGUUAAAUACUAUAAUUGUGCAUGUUGAAACUUGACAUGUGAGUAUUGUAUCAAUCAGUUUACAGACAGACAGACAGACAGACAGACAGACAGACAGACUUUAUUAAUCCCAAGAGGGAAAUUGGUUGUUAUAGCAGCCAGGUACAUUAAAAUACAACAAUAGAAUAAAAUACAGCAAUAGAAUAAAAUACUUAGAAAAGAUAAAAAUAAUAGGUAAAUAAAUAGGUAGGUAAGGUGCAAAGAGUUGUUUAACUAUUUACAGAAGAUUUGUCUUGCAUUCAUUGUAGCCAGUGUAGCAUUGCAGAUGAAUCCUCACAGGCAGAGUUGCUCAUUCAAACUAAUUCCAUUGGGUGCUGGGAACUUGUGAUUAAUAUGAUAUAUUAAUAUAUUAAUAUGGCCGCCUUGAUAAAUGUGAGCUGGUGUUGAACACGUUGCUGAUGAUAUAAAAGCUACAAGCACUCAUAAUAACUUGUUUGUUGUUUGAGAAUGUUUCCUUUUGAUUGUAGGACUGACAAACAAAAGACAGACAAAAUGCUGUGUUCUGGGCAAAAUAAAUGCUACUUAUAGACUGCU